GUUCUGCAUAAUAAAGGAAGAAAAGAUAGACUACACUCCGGGAUGUGAAUUAAAAUACACACUGGAUUAGACUUAGACUCAAGAAAUAGCUGAAAGAGCUAGAUCUAGAAUCUAAAUGUUUACAUUGUUCACGUAGAGUAUUUUGUGUAUUUUGAUUGCCAAGAGGGGACAAAGUAUCCCCCAAAAUGCCGAAGGAUACAAAGAAAUGUAUCAAAGAAUUCAUUCGUUAUGUAGAAAAGUUAGAGGCAGAAGAAGAUAAUGACGGAAAUGGUUUCGACAAAGAAUAUCAAAGGAUACAGGAAACUCAGAUACAGCGCCGUAAAGAUAAUAUAUUCACUAUGGACAUCGGUAAAACAGAAGCAAACUUAAAAAAAAAUAGAUACAAAGAUAUCUUGCCCUAUGAUGAACACAGAGUUGUCCUGAGCACGAUGGAUGGAGAAGUUGAUUCAGAUUAUAUCAAUGCCAGCAGAUUAAUUGGUGUGAAAGGUACUGGUGGUUACAUAGCUACUCAAGGACCCCUGGCUUCAACAGUAAAUGACUUUUGGAGAAUGAUCUGGGAAUACAAAGUGGAAAUUAUAUUCAUGGCCUGUAGGAUUGUUGAGCUGGGCAAGAUCAAAUGUAAGCAGUACUGGAAUGAUUUAGGGAAAUCUGAUGUAUUUGGAGAUAUCACAGUUUUUACUGAAGAUGAACAGGAAAUUGCAUCAGAUUUUAUUCAACGAAAGUUGAGUGUUUCCAGAGGUGAAGAACAACGAAUUGUUAUUCAGUUUCACUAUUCAGGGUGGCCUGAUCAUGGAAUCCCAGAUGACCCAGCACAUAUAAGAGACUUGAUAGGAAUCAUGCGAAGGACCAGGCAAAAUGAUGAAUUACCGCUUUUGAUACAUUGCAGUGCUGGCUGUGGCAGAACUGGAGCUAUAGCUGCAAUCGACUAUGUCUGGACAUUGCUAGAAGAAGGGAGGUUUGAUGAAGAUUUUAAUCUUUAUGAACUUAUCUGUACAUUUCGUGAACAAAGAAUGUCAAUAGUUCAAACUGCUGAGCAGUAUGCCCUUGUAAACCAGGUGCUGAAGUCUUUGUGUCAAGAAUGGUUGGCUAAAAUGGCUUCACAUACCUAUGAAAAUGUUGAGCUAGAACCGGAAAAUAAUUACAUGAACAGCACUAGAGAACUGGCACCUGAAAAAGAGGAGAAUGUCUAUGAAGACAGUGUCUCCUUGGGGAACAUUAUUCAAGAUUCAAACCUACCCAAGGAGAAUGGAAAUCAGGGAGCAGUAGUCUCAAAACCUACUGUCAAACCGCCAAGUUAUGAAACUAAUGCUUUCAAGGAGCGUGUGCCCAGCCAGAAGGCUCCAGCACCACCCCCACCUGCCAGCUCUGAAAGUAAACCCAUCACACCCAUUCAUUCAACAGUCAUUCAAGUUGGCUCACCACAUCAUGCAGGUGGUACUGCACAGAUUAUUUACAAAACCCAACCAAAGCAGUCUUCUAAACUAACAGAAGUAGCCACUAGUGGAGAUAUUUAUGCCACUGUCUGCAAACAACCACUGACCAGUAGUAAAAGUUGUGAAACGUAUGCAACAGUCAAUAAACCACCAGUUGCUACUCCCAGCAAGCCACCAAUUGUCACUAGAGCAACAGUCAAUAAUCCACCUAUCAACAAUAAACUUAAAAUGGAAACCCACACAAAUCCAAACAAACCUCUACUACCUAUUAAACCUAACCUUAACAUUUAUGCAACUGUCAACAAACAAGAGUCCAAAGCUCCCCCUGAUCACUCUGUUAAAGACAGCCCAUCUUCUAUUGUCCAUGCAGCAAAUAGCCGCAGUACUGGUAGCCUGAGAUAUUCCAGUGGCUAUUCUGAGGUGGACAACCCAUUUUCUUUCCAUGGAGCGAGUAGCCGUGGUAGCCAGAGAAACUCCAGUGGCUAUUCAGAGGUGGACAAUGCAUCUUCCAUUGUAUUUGGGGCAGGUAGCCAAAGACAGUUCUUUGAGAGCAGAGCUAGUUCUUCUUCCUCCAUUGAUCCUGCUUAUGAUGAUGUUUUUGUGAGCAAUACCAAAACAUCAACCAAUCUUUCUACAAGUCCACCAGGUUGCCAGGCUAGACUACUUAGACUACCUAGAGUCAAAGGUCCAGUCCCGAUGCCUCAAUCAUGGAAAGUGAAAUAGAUUCAAUGAAAUAGAUUCAACAUCUUCAAUGGGUCUAUCUCAAAAGCUCAAGAAUUUCUUUUCUACACUUUGUGCCAUUCCAUUGUCCAAUGGGGAUCAUUAUUUUGUCUCAAUGUUAUUUUUAUUUCACUGACACUUCAAGACUUUGUGAUCAUUUUUUGUCUUCUAUCAUUUUACUUCUAUAAGUUCAUUUAUUAGAAUCAUUUGUUGAAUGUUGCAUUCAGGCAAUUGGUACAAAAUCAGCCUGAUAACUAUAUUGAUGAUCCUAUCCAUAAGCGACUAAAUAGUUAUGGUCAUCCAGACAUUAGGUUACUGUUAAAUUUUGUUCCUUAGUUAUUUAUUAGACUUGAUCAAGUAUACAUUUGUGUGUAAGCCCCUUUUUUGCUUUUAUUUUUCUUUAGUCAUUUUGUCUGCAUUAUCUUCUUACACGUGACUGCAAUGUUAUCAUAUUAGUGGCUUAGCUAUGGACUAAAGAUAUUAAAAAAUAGUACAGUAUUACAAUAUUUUAAGGACUUAACAAAAAUAAAUUGAAAUGUUCCACCCACCCUAAAAAGAAAAA